UCAAUAAUUCAAUAAUAAUAACAACAAUAAUAAGAUGAUAAAAUAAACUACUAAAACAAUAAGUCUUAAAAUAAUAAAACCAGUAAAAGAAAUUAAAAACAAAAUCAUAGAAUAGAAAUAAAUAAACCGAUAAAUAAAUAAAAACACAGACCAUGAACUUCUCACAUUAUAUCAUUAUUACAUAAGUCGGAAAACAUUGUAAUACAGAAGUUUUGAAAAGCAGAACCGGGUUUGAGUGACACAUGUUUCGAGUCGGGCCUGAGUCAGAGCACAUGUGGAAAGACGAUACAGCGGCACUGGGCAAACGGUGACGGAGGCUGCGGUCGAAGCCUGAACUCGGGGCUGGUCCUGGUUAGAACUUGGACAGAGAUCGCUGGAAAACCAGGGAUUCGUCAUCUUCUGAAAUGGCUCCUCCUACGAACCACCACCACGCGGGAAUCCAACUACAAACCCGACCGCGCUCUCCACUCAGACCUUCAUGCUAGCCACGCUCCCGGCCCCACUUAUGGGCACAAAAUGGCCGACGCAGACUACAAGUACCGCCUUUUGGGACAGACUUCGGACGAGUAUCGCAAGAGACCGCUGCUGCUCCAGGUGGACACGACGCUCAUGAAUCUUUUCGCCGUUUUGGAGGUCAGGAGGGACUUGCCCAAACGAUGGAGCGGCAUCAACAACGUGCGGCAAAUUCGGAUCUGCAGUUUUCUCUUCGGGCUGGCGGUCAUGUUUCUGAUCAUGGCGUCGUACGUGCUCACCGGCGAUAAGGGGGGGCUGAUGCUGACGCCGUCGCCGUGCCAGUUCGGGGCGGUGGGGAGCUCGGGCCCCCUGGUGGCGGCGACGGCGGGGAACGCGUCUCUGCUGAGGGAUUACGAGCAGAUGAAGCUGGUGGUGAAGUCGAUACAGGACAAAGUGGAGUUUAGCAGCAAAAGACGGAAACCCAAACUGAAGGAGCUCAUGGACACCGAUCCUCAUUUAUUUUCCGUGGUCCCUCGGAGAUUCCUUCCCGGUCUGAAGAAUCCGUGUUGGUACCAGGAAUACCACGGCAACCUGAGCUCGGACCCUUACCAAAACAACUUCUACGGACGAUACUCGCGGCGCUUCCGGGCGGUUUUCCAGCAGCUCCGUGGUUCUUUACGGGAGCAUUUGUUGAACAGGGAGGGAAGGUGGUUCAGAUUGAGAUGUCUUCCGUAUUUUUACAUCAUCGGACAACCCAAAUGCGGGACCACGGACCUGUACGACCGGCUCAGGCUGCACCCCGAGGUCAAGUUCACCAUGUUUAAAGAGCCGCACUGGUGGACGCGCAAGAGGUUUGGUCUGAUUCGUCUGAGUGUGCGUCAUGAUCGGUUUCCUGUGGAGGAUUAUCUGGACCUUUUCGAUCAGGCGGCGCAUCAGAUACAAGGGAAUUCAACCAGAAACCCCACCGCAGCCAGCCAGCCACACCUCAUCAUAGGGGAGGCGAGUGCGUCCACCAUGUGGGAUAACAACGCCUGGCUGAACGUUUAUGAAAACUCCACUGAAGGAGAACCUCCUUUUCUGGUGCAGGACUUUGUCCACGCUCUGCAGCCCCAGGCCCGUGCCAUCGUCAUGCUCCGAGACCCCGUCGAGAGAUUAUACUCCGAUUAUUUGUACUUUGGAAUCUCCAACAAAUCGGCUGAAGAUUUCCACGACAAAGUGUCAGAGUCUCUCCUGCUGUUCCAGAGCUGUGUGUCCGACUCCAGUCUGCACUCCUGUGUUUACAAUACUACAGUCAACCAAGCUAUGCCUGUUCGUCUUCACAUCGGGCUGUACAUCGUGUUCCUCAUGGACUGGCUCUCUGUGUUCAGUCCGGAGCAGAUCCUGGUCCUCAGGCUGGAAGAUCACGCCUCCAACACAAAGUUCACCAUGGGUCAGGUCUUCUCCUUCCUCCGCCUCGGUCCGUUAUCGAAGGAUUUGGAGUCUGACAUCACGAGGAACCCGGCGUCUAACACCCGUCGCCCGGCCGACAAGAACCUGGGCCCCAUGCUUCCUGUGACUAAAGAACUUCUGGGACAUUUCUACAGACCCUUCAACCAAAAACUGGCCAAAGUUUUACACAAUGACUCUUUUCUCUGGGACUCCUCAUGAACCGCACCUCAUCUCUGCUCCAGCAAGUGCCCACAGCCACACUGCAAAAACAGACGACUACUGGAGGUUGAAUGACUGCAAUAACAACAGUAUUAAAGCUACAGUAUGGAACUUUUACUGACAAACAUGCGCCCUUACUGUGAAUGAGCUUGCAUUUCCACAAACCUGAUUCUCCUGCUUGUUUCCAAGGAAAUGUUGUUCCUUUCUCUCAAAGCUUCCAGGCAUUUAACUCCCUGUUUCCACAGAAUCGUGCAGGUGACGUGCCACUUCCAGAAAGUUACAUGCUGCAGCUUUAUUAAUAAUUUAUUUAUAAUAUUUUUAUAUGAUAUGAUAUGAUAUUUGUCUUAUUCAUGUACUUCAUACACAGUGGUGAAGGCUGUUGUAGCCACAGCCGCCCUGGACUGAAGCGAGGCUGCCAAUCUCACAUGCCACAUUCACUAAAUGGAUGAAGUGUCUUGCCUAAGGACACAACAACAGAAUGCAGUAACUUCCAAGUGAGACCCAAAUCACUCUCAACUCAUAAUAUGGCCAAUAUCAUCUCUAAAUGAUACCAGUAAACCACACCUGCCCUCCUCAGACACGUUCAGUGUUUUUAGUCGUUUAAACUCAUGCAGAGUUCUGUUUUUGCAGUGAAACAAUAAAGGGUUUGAUUCUAAAUUAUUCAGUUGUGAACGCUACAGCACAAGAGUGAGUGAGAGUGAAAGAGAUUUUGAGAAUGUUUAUUUUUGAUGUAAACAAGUAAAUAAAGGGAUAAAUAA